UGAGUGAAUUUAUAGCUUUCAUCGCACAUCAGUUGUUGGAGGCUUGCUUGAAUACUCGUGUCUCCUUAAGACAUCACAGAGAUCACAAUGGGACUUCUAGGAGAAAGAAAGAAAAAAACCGCAAAAGGGCUGCAUGCUCUCGCGGAAGGAUCCCUUUCCCUGGCUAGGGCACACGCAGUCCUUGAUGAAACUGAAAAGAGUCUCGAGCACGAGAUAGAACGAGAGAGCAGAAAACCUCCAAAAUCCGAAAUCGGAAAACUUCGAUACAAAGGAGAAAAAUUCAUGCACACAAAAUGGGUUCUCCUGGCGAUUGUUCUGCUUAAUAUUGUGGACUGCGUCCUUGUGAUGGGGGAGCUUAUCCUGGAUAUCUAUUACCUCAAAGGGGUUGUCGAUCAUGACGAAGCAGAAGCCCUCAGUUUCGUCACCCAGAUGAAAAACCAAUACCCAGAAGCCCUGUCCGAUUUCUACUACGAUUAUGCAGAACUAGACAAUCUCCAUAAAAUGAUUUUGUCUGCGCAUGUUGAUUUCAGUACCGCCUAUCAUUCUCAAAUUGGAACCCAAUCCAGCACAGCAGCGUCAACCACCCCCUUAUCAGUCCUUACAACAUUGCUUACAACAGAUUUAUCCUCAAUGCAAACAUCAGAAUCUUCGAAUACGACGAGCUCUGGCCGAAUCAAAAGGUCGGCAACUUCUCCUUCAAAUGAUGUCACUAACACCGGAAGUAUAGGUGAUGGCCUGCAGCAUUCUGCAGAGCAUGAUCAUCCGAUUGAAGUGGAUUUGGCGCAUUAUUUUCAUUACUGUAGCAUCACCAUUUUAGCGAUACUUGUAGUUGAGAAUAUGUUGAAGCUUUUUAGCAGUGGUAAAGAGUACUUUGAGAACAAACUUGAGGUAUUUGAUGGUUUCGUGGUAGUGGCCUCUUUUAUUGUUGACCUGGUCUUCAUCAAAGGCCUGAGUGCCUACAAAGUUCAGAAGUUUGUAGUCAUUUUAGCGUUCUUAGUGCCAUGGCGUGUGGUCCGAGUGGUGAACAGUCUUGUGGUUGCUGUUAUCGACCAUGAACACUUUAGGAUGAAACUGAUGUACAAACAAAAGAAACAGAUCUCUGCCGAUCUCAAAACAGCCAAAAACAACUUCAAAGACCUACAGAUUUGUUUUGAGGCUAUGCGAAAAAUCGCUGUUUCCAGUGGAGUGUCCGCAAAGGAAAUCGAAGCUAUUAAUGCUCUACAUCCUGAUGCCAAGUCAAAGAAGAAAGGAUUGGCCGGGUUCGCAUCCUCCUUUGCCAAGCAGAGCAUCCAGAGACAGAUAUCUAGCACGGACUUCGGAAGCUCUUUGUCAUCGAUAUCUAACAACACUAUGGAUUCCGUCAAGACAAGCUCAGAAUAUCUGUCAUAGCGUGAAGGCAUGCCAUACAGUGUUUAUCUGAAUACAUGUACAUUUGGCUUGUGUUAAAAAAAAAAGAAGGUAGAAAUAUGUAGACAGAAGUAUAAUUGCCUGUUUUUACGAAAUCAUAAUAUGAAUUUUCACCUUUUCUUUUUUUUGUAAAAAUAUAUACUUGUAGAUAGAAAUGUAACGUUAACUCAUACCCGUAACCUUAACGUUGUAGAACGUUCGUUUACAUCGUGACAUAGGGUUAAAAGUUCAGUAUCCUGAAUAGAACUGCGUAAUUAUGGAAAUGUUAAAAUUCAAAUAAAAUGUAAAAUUGUUCUGCAUAAAUACCCAGCUAUCAUAUUUCAAACACGUUUAGGUUAUACAACAGUUCUACAAGGUCAAACUAACUCCUUAAAAUGCUUACGAUGUGAUUGUUUUGUUAUCGAGAAACAUGUACAUCUGUACCCGAACACAUGUAUAACCUUACAUGUAAAAUUGUUAUAAGUGCAAGUUAAUACCUGGAGAUUAUUAUCUUCAGGUAUCUGUUGUUUAGAUAAUUCUUGUUCAUAAGUUUUAGAAAUAAAUGCAUUUCCUUAAAUUUUUGUACAUGAUUUCAGAAAUAAUUUUUCCUCUCCAGUUACAUUUACUUUUUUUCAAUGUGCGAUUAAUAAAUUUUUCCUCGACAUAAUCAAAGGUUUUAUAAUUUUUGUCAGUAUGUGAAUCGAUUGUAAGCAGAUUUUAACAAAAUUUAUCAAAAAGAAAGCAUGCAAUAAGUCCAGGUAUUUGUUAUUUUAUAGAUCUGAUAAACCAUGUGAUAAAUUUGAAAGAAUAAGCUUUUAUAAUUUUAUUCAGUUUUGUUUUUGUGUUUUGCUUUUAACUAUAUAUUUUAAAAAAAAUGAAAAAAUGCAAUUCUUAACUGUAUAAUAAAACCUCGUCUGUGACAAAAAUGUUUUCUGUUUAUGAGUUUCUCAAGGUUAUGAUGGUAGUUAAAGAUAGAGGUUACGGGUUUCUUGACACGAGAUGCACUCGUGUAAAUACCUAAAGGAUAGGAAACGAACGAUAUUCCAAAAUUUAUUCAUUUUGCAUACAAAUAUUAGCCUGUAUUGUAAUUUAAUUAUUCUUUUGUAUGAGAUAAUGAAUAAAAAUAUCUUAUCAUAAAGUUAUAUUUAAUAUCUAUCUUUUUAUAAAUUAAAACGAAAUUCAACAA